GGCACAGCUGUCAGUUACCUGGAAAUGUUGCUCUCCUUCAUUGUAGACUUUGCUACUGCCUGAUGUCGACACAAUGAUCAGCCUUACACUGCCUUUCCUGUCUCUGAACCUUCUUCCUCAACUCUGGUGUAUUGGAUUGUUUCUUAACCAGGGGUUUCUGGGAUCUGUCAAAGGUACCAGUGAUUUGUCUUAUUUUGGUGACACCUCGGAGAUUGGAGAGUCAUGUUCAGCAAGCAUCCAGUGUCGGUGCCAGGAUCUGAUCCAGGGACACCCUUGCCAGGAGGAAUUGUGCACCCUGAGGACUUCAGGGGAGAUGUACCAGAUUCGGUUCUCUGCUGAGAACAGACUCACUUCAAGUUUGUCUUCCAUUCAUCAUGUCUUCAAUUCGUCCUUUAGUGUCAUUGGGCGAUUGCCAGAGAGCUGUGUGCAGAGUGGCGAGUUGGUAUGGCCCCCAGGGCUUCGCGCACUGAUCAGCUAUUGUCACGGUCAUCUCCAUGCAAUGAUAUUUACUAAGGAAAAGAAGAUUUGCAUUCGCCCAAAGGAGCUGAAACUGUCUACUGAUGGAGGGGAUAUUGCCCCACAUGUUGCAUUCCAUUAUCCACUCUCAGAUAAUGCCCGGAGUCCUCUUAAUGACAGACAAACUAGGCAUUCCUUCAUUACAAGACGGUCAGUGCAGGAGCCAAAACAUCUGGAACUCCUGGUUGUGGUGGGCCAGGAUGUCUACAACUUUCACAAGCAAGACACAGAGCGCUACAUCCUAACUAACCUGAAUAUCGCUGCUGAACUGUUGAGAGAUGCUUCCCUGGGUGCUCAACUACGAGUCCAUCUAACAAAAAUGGUCAUUCUGAAAGAACCUGAGCUGGAACUGCAGAUCACAAAAAACCUCACCUCGUCCCUCAUUAGCCUAUGCAAGUGGAGUCGAAUGAUUAACCCAGACAAUGAUUCUGAUCCACUCCAUGCUGACCUGGUUCUCCACGUUACCAGAUUUGAUUUAGAAUCUGAUGAUGGCAACAAGAUGGUUCGUGGUGUGACACAGCUGGGUGGGUUGUGCAGCCAGUCCUGGAGCUGUGUGAUCACCGAGGACACAGGAUUCAAUCUCGGCAUCACCAUUGCUCACGAGAUAGGCCACAGUUUUGGCAUCAACCACGAUGGGCACAAAAAUGACUGUGUUGGCAACCUGCACAUCAUGGCAGCAGAGGGUGGCUAUAACAGCGUCGACCUGACUUGGUCCAAGUGCAGCCGAGACCAGUUUGUGAAGUUUUUCAGCACGAGACGAGGGACGUGUUUGGAUGACCUGCCGGCAACAGAUUCUGAUCUCUCCAGCCAGAAACCGGGUCUGUACUAUGGGGUGGACGACCAGUGCAAGAGAGUCUUUGGAGGCAAGGCGUCCUCUUGCAGCUUCAGCAAACACGACAUUGAUGUAUGCAACGUUCUAUCAUGCCAUACAGAUCCAUCAGACCACAGCACGUGCAAACGUUUGUUCAUUCCCCUACUAGAAGGAACAGAGUGCGGGCCCAAUAAGUGGUGUUUAAGAAGGAGCUGCACAUCCUUGGGGGACCUGAAGAUGAUUGGGGCUGUCCACGGGGCCUGGUCAACUUGGACUCCGUUCAGCAGCUGUUCGCGGAGUUGUGGUGGAGGGGUCAGUCUAAGACACAGACAUUGUAACAAUCCAAGACCUGCUUUCGGUGGCCGUAAGUGUGAGGGAGCAGAUAUGGAGGCAGAAAUGUGUAACACACAGCCUUGCCAGGAAAGUCAGUUUGAUUUCAUGGCUUCACAGUGUUCAAAGACCAAUUCUCAGCCUCUCGACCUGACACCCAGGGUUCAAGUUUACUAUAAGUGGUUGCCUGCUGUUGGUUAUGCAAAAGGUAGCAUGCUGUGUAAGUACAUGUGCCGAGUGGAGGGGAAGAAUUUCAUGUUGAGUCGGGGGGACAGUUUUGUGGAUGGAACCAGGUGUGAGUCGAGUAACUUGGAGACAACAUCAUUGUACAAUCUCUGUGUUAAAGGAAAUUGCAGGGUAUUCGGCUGUGAUGGAAAGCUGGACUCUGGCCAGAUGUGGGACAGCUGCAUGGUUUGUGGUGGUGACAACUCCAGCUGCCAGAAGCUAGUUGGUUCCUUCACUGAGGGCACGACCCAGGAGUAUGUUACUUUCCUCACGAUCCCACCACAUUCCACCAAUGUCCGUAUUUCCAACAGCCAGGCUGUGUUCUCUCACCUAGGGGUGAAGGUUAAAGAUCAGUAUGUGGUUGCCGGUGCCAGGAAGAUUUCACUCAACACAUCAUAUCCUAGCAACCUGGAAGACAACAGAGUUGUGUACAGGUUGUAUCUCACCCAGCAAAACCUGCCAGCUUCUGAGGAGAUCAUCAUCAAUGGACCCACACGUGAAGCCAUUGAAAUACAGGUGUAUCGGAAAUAUGGGAAGGAGUACGGAGAUAUUGUGAAUCCCAACAUCACUUACAGUCUCUAUGUUCCAAGGCGAGAGCACUCAUACAUCUGGCUCCCAGUUACUGAGGCAUGUUCAACAAGCUGUGGUCCCGGAACUACAAGAGUCCAUUAUAUAUGCAGUGACCAGAACUCAGCUAAAGAGGUGGAACUGCAGCACUGCUCCAGGUCAACAAGGCCACCUGAUAGGUUGGAAGCUUGUAACACUGCACCAUGCCCUCCUUGGUGGGAGGUCGGCGAGUUUGGUGCAUGCAACGUCUCGUGUGACGGAGGAUGGCGAGAAAGGGACAUCCGUUGCCUGAAGCAAGAAGCACUUGAGAUCCAGCAGACUUCUGAUGCCGACUGUGCUGAUUCUCCCAGACCUGAGUCAAUAGAAAUGUGUAACAACCACAGCUGCCCUGUCAGGUGGAAUGUUUCGGAGUCGGGUGUCUGUUCUGUAUCCUGUGGAGUUGGAAUUGCUGAGCGAUCAGUUAUCUGUGUCCAGUUCAUCAAUGGGGCAGAUGUAGAAGUGAAUAAGACUCUAUGUCCGGUGGAAACACAGCCCCCGGACAUCAGACCGUGCAUUAUCAGUAUCUGUCCCUUCAAGCUGGAUCAGAUACCCUGGUCAGAGGUGUCCAAACAACUGGGGAAGGAGAUUGGAAGCGUCAUGAAUGUCACAGCUUUGUCAGGUGUGCCAACUGAGAGUCGCACUUAUCUCUGGGUUCCUAUAAUGGGAUCCUGUUCUGUUAGCUGUGGUGAAGGAGUAUCAGAGAUCAGGUAUGUGUGCAUCAAUGCUGAGACCAAGGAGGAGUCACAACCAGAAUAUUGUGAUCAGAACUUCCAACCUCAGAUGUACUACAUGCCAUGCACCAGUAAAACAUGUCCCCCUUGGUGGAAAGUCCACGAGUAUGGCCCGUGCAAUGUGAGCUGUGGGGGUGGAGUACGUGAGAGGGAAGUGUAUUGUGUAAAGGAAGAGAGCCAUUUAUACCAAAGGGUCCCUCCCUUUGAAUGUGGCAACACUCCAAAGCCUGCUUCCAUGGAGAUAUGUAAUUCUCAUCCCUGUCCUGUAAGAUGGUGGUACAAGUCUGAAUCAUGCAGUGUACCAUGCGGAGGAGGAGUGAGGCGCAGGCUGCUCUACUGUGCAAAGGUAUUACCUGACCAUGAAGAACUGACAUCAGACAAAGAAUGUCUUCAUCUGAGCCGACCUGAGGACCUAGAAUUUUGCAACCUCCAUCCUUGUCCUCCAAGGUGGCAGGUUUCAGAGCCAGGACGGUGCUCAGUGCUUUGUGGGACUGGUCUGGCUGAGAGGAAGGUGACCUGUGUCCAGCUUCACAACGGGACAGGUGUGGAAGUGAACAGAGCCCACUGCUUGGGGCUGGAGGAGCCCCUGUCACGUGUCCCGUGUGUCGUCAGCUGCCCGUUUGGUUGGAAUCCCCAAAACUGGACUGAGUGUUCAGUUUCCUGUGGGCAUGGUGUCCGAAGCAGGCAGCUGCUCUGUGUCAAUCUCGACUCAACUGAGGUUGUGCUUGAUGCCUUCUGUGAUGAGCUGACGAAGCCUGCUACCAAGGAGCCCUGUGAUGUAGGACCCUGCUCGACCCAGUCAACAAACCAGGCUGCAGCUCUGACUUGGGCUCCUACAGGGGCUGCUGCCAUUAGCCUUACAGCUACAGUGACACCACAAGGAUCCAGAACAGACACAACUACACCGGCUAAAGGCUCAAGGAAGGAAGGUGUCUGCGGGAAGCUGGUUCUGAGCAAAUCAGGGAUGCUGAACCUGACCAAUUUGCAGGUCAGCGAAUGCACGGUUAGCAUUGGACGCCCACUGGAUGAAGUCAUCACAAUCCGUGUUCUGUCCAGCUCAUUGAACUGCAGCAGGCGAGACACUUUGGCACUUUGUGGGCGACGACUGUUUUGGAAGGUCUGCUCCCCAUUGAAAGGGUUUACACUCACAUCUGUCACCAACACGCUAACAGUCAGGCAGCGGAGCAGCACCAAGGGCAGUGGAGUUGUCCUCCAGUACUCCAGCAGCCUCUCAUCUCGACAGUACCACAGAGAAUGUGAUGUCCAGCUGUAUGGACCCUGGGGUAUUAUAGUCAGCCCCAUGCAGUCCUACAGGGAGGGCCAAGCCUGUCGUACUUUUAUCAAUGUAUCUCCAAUGGAUCGUAUCAUAAUCAGAGUCCUGCACCUGAGAUUUGACAUUAGGGCGAACACAACCACCUCUGAUUACAUUCUGAUAAAGGACGUCAGCACACAGAGGUACUCGGCAUAUCGUGGUAACAGCCUGUUCCUUUGGCAGUCGCUGGGAAACUCUGUUGAAAUUGAAUUUCAUGGAGAUUUUCGAUUCCGGGCCUUGUUCAGAGCUGUACCAUCCCGAACUAUGAGGGGUGUCCACCAACUGUAUUGUGGGUAAAGGAAACUGUGGCAGAUUCCCCCUCUCUGGAAUGUUCUCCUGCUGUCAGACUACCCUUCUCUGUUUGCCUCCAGGCAGUGGCUGACUAUGUCUUGCCCUGGUUGUGAUUGUGAGGACUUGGCAUUCUCUGAAGUACAAGUGGACUGUCUCCUACCCAUGUUUCCACUAUUGGAAACCAACCUUCCCUUGACCUAUCGCUGUAACCUCCUAGUUAAAGAAUCUGUCACCAGGCACUACUGAUUUGAAGAUGGUUGAACAAGUGUUACAAUACAACUUAACUAUGAUCCAUAGAUUUCAGUUCUAUUUGUGUUGUCAGCAGUUCAGGAAUAGCCAAUUUCCACAAUUUAUGGUCCAUUAAAUUCAGUAUGAACAAACCAGCAAGUAACAAAUUGGCCUGAAUUCCCUUGGCAAUUUGCAUCACACAAAAUCAGGGACCUUAUGUGUUACACACUCUUGUUGUAAAUUAUAGGACAGUGGCAAAAGCUAGGGGAGGUUCUGAAUGCCAUAGCUCCAAGGCAUUGGGAAACAACAUUUGACUUGAAGAUCAAAGAUUAAGAUCUAGCUGUAGUACUUCAGAUUGUUAAUGGUGGAUAGGGCAGAGAGAGGGAGAGACAUCAUUUCUUCUGGUGGAGAUAUCUAAGGAUGGUGGGCGGGGGGGAGCGGUUAAACUUACAUUUCAGGUGAGGUCAUGUAGGGAUGGUAUCGGGAAGCAUUCUUCACACAAGGGCUGGUGGGAAUCUGGUGCACCAAGAGCCUCAGGGACUGGAGAUUUCACGAUCAAGACUGAUAGGCAUUUCUGGGUAACUCACCUCCAGGGGGGUAUCCAGUUUAAUUGGCUGAGACUGCUUUUUGAAAAAAUUUAUUUUCAAGAUGUGGGGCCAACAUUUAUUCCCUGUUCCUAAUUGCUCUUGAACUGAGCGGCUUGUUUAUGAUAAAAGGUCUUCUGAAAAAGAAUGCAGAAACACCAGCAUAAAGUUGUAAUGAGCAAGAUUCAUUUAUACAUAAAAUUUAACAAUCUGUUGCCCCA